AUGGUGAACUGCACCCAAAGCAACGACACGAUUCAGGACGGGGUCCUGCUUUUCCAGCUAAUUGUCUACAUCCCAGUUCUCGCCUUCGGGAUCCCGCUCAAUGCGAUUGCCUUCUGGGUCUUCUGCUGGAAGCUGAAAAGGUGGACCGAGACCAGAGUGUACCUCAUCAACCUGAUGAUUGCUGACUGUUCCCUGCUCUUCGCUCUGCCUUUCUUGAUUUAUUUUCACCGGCGACAGCACCAGACAGGAAAGCUUUGCUUCGCCAUACAGUGCAUAUACUUUACAAACAUGCCCAUGAGCAUCCUCAUCAUCACCAUGAUUGCAAUCGAUCGAUACAUUGCAAUAAAGUUCCCUCUAAAAGCAAAAACUCUUAGGUCCCCGCUGAAAUCAGCUUCCAUGUGUGGACUUCUAUGGAUAAUACUCGUAAUAUAUGCCUACUUCCAUCCAAAGUUUGAAGAAGGAGAGGAAGAAUUUUGCUUUCAAAAGAGAGCUUCUCGGCCUAACUAUUCAUCAUUACUCUCCAUUUUUGGUUAUUUUGUUGCCUUGGGGAUUGUGGUUUUCUGUUCAGUGGAAGUUAUCAAAUGUCUCAAAAAGAAGAUGUCCGAAAGCCCUCAUGAGACAAAGCUAAUCCAGAAAGCGCUCCACAUUAUCUCUGUCAAUUUGUGUGUGUUCAUUUUAUGCUUUUUACCCUUGUACACUGUACUGCUCUUGCGGUUUGCAGUGGAUGUUGCCGGAGCCUGUUCUCUGGUCUGGCCUCUUAGAAUGUCUGUUCACAUCUUGGCGUGUUUAGCAAAUGCCAACUGCUGCUUGGAUGGGUUUUGCUAUUACUUUGCAGCCAAGGAAUUUCAGGAAAUUUCCUCUCUGCUCCCCCCGUGUAUGUUCAUGAGGUCUAGGAUGAACCAAAGUCAAGAGUCACAGCAACCCACAGAUCAAGUCAUGACAUAA